AUGGUGCGCCAUGAGCGAAAAGUGGUGGUGCGGCUUCUCCCUCCGACGCUAAAGGAAGCAGAGUUUUUCCAACAACUUUCCCGAUACUACAAGGGUGACAAACAGGGGUACGCUCACUACUAUGUUGAAGGAAAGCCCCAACAGGGAGUCUACGACCAGCCAGAAUUCUCUCGAUGCUACUUAAGGUUUAACUCUCAACCAGCACACGACGAGUUCAUGGCCUCCGUGAGCCACCAGGUGUUCACCGAGCCGCUGACGGGGGAUACCAUGACCGCGGUCAUCGACAACGCGUUGUACCAUAAGAUGCCGAGUGAGACGAUUGUUAAGGGAAGUGGUGAAACUAAUGACAAUACCGAACUUAGUGGUGGUGUUGCCAGCCUCAAUUUGGAGGGUUUGGUGCUGUUUGAGUCGCAUCCGUUGUACCAACAAUUCCUUCAAGACCCCGAUAGAUUUGAUAUAAAGCAACUAGCUGAGGACGAGCGGAAGGAGAAACUCAAGAGGAAACGGAAAAAGCUCCAGGAGAAGGCGAAAGCGAAGUUGAAAAAGAAGAAAGAGGAGUGGAAAUUAAAGGCGAAACAGGCCGAACUUGCCAGGCUCCAGGAGACUGGGGAACCCAUGGGGGAGACUCAUAAUCCUGCUAACGAGGAUACUGCCACUUCCGCAAAUGCUAAACGCAAACGCACACGCAAGAAGAAGAAGCCUGUUGAUGGUAAACCGACGUCUUCGCCUCACGUUCCGACAGGUCCGGCGCCGGCAGUGUCGGAAACCAAACCGCGCCCGAAAAAACCCGCCCCGAAAAAGGCUGGUCCCAAGAAGAAGGCUAAUCCCAAUGCUAACCCACACCCUCCCCAAGCUAAUGCUAACACGGCUAACACUCCUGGAGCUAAGCCGAAGCCGAAGCCCAAGCCCAAGAAGCCGAAGGCUAAUGCGCCGCCUAACGCGCCGCCUCCUCAGUAA